GUAACCUGAAUAAGCGUUUAAUUUAAAUUGAACGGCAAUUAAAAGGUGUGAGCCGCUCGGUGAGGGGGCGGGGUCUGGGAGGAUCAGGUGGGGUGGUCCACUGUGACUUUAUUUUUCACCAGAGAGAGCAGGAGGACAGCAGGAGGGAGAGAAGCACUUGACUUUGCUUUCCGUUGCUGUCUGCGGCUGACACUGUGACAAAUGACUGCUUUCAGAGAAAAUUAGCUGAAUUCCGGUGAGAUGUGCGCACAUAGAUGAAGCUGUAAUAAAGGGAGAAGAAUUUGCACACAAAGAGGCUGAAAGAGGCCGUUAAAUGAUGUUUUUACCCUUUAAUCAUGGCCGGGUAAAGCCUUUUCGCUAUGGCAAGACAUGACACCCCAAAUCCAUCUGUGACUGCCACUUGAACAUUUGUCAUUUUUAUUAAGCUUUUCCAGACUAAAUAUGGCAAACUGUGGCAGUGUUACUCUUCCAGCAUAAGACGUUCUGCCAAGCAACCCUGGCCACAUGAUCACUGGAGUGCUGGCAAGAGCCACUGCACCUACAAAUUAACUGGAAGAGCAGUUUAUGCAGCUGUAAAAGCUUUUAUCCUCUGCGCUGGGAGGAGCGGAAGACGGCAGAGGGUUGGAGCUGAAGUAAUUAAAGAACAGAUGUGGCAUGAGUGUCAUCAAUUUGCAAGACACUUCACAUCUUAAUGCAACCAGCAGAUUACAAUGUUUCCAGCAGAGAACAUGAGUGUUUAUUCUGCAGCAGGUCUUUGUCCAAACUGCAGCUCCUCCGCCCACCCAGAGGUGGAUGUAGCCAAGGCAGUCAUCCUGGGGAUGGUGCUGGUGGUCUUUGUAGUGUUUGGGGUCCUCGGAAACAUCUUGGUCAUCCUGUCUGUGCUGUUCCACCACCACUGGCGCUCUGUGACACAUUACUUCAUUGCCAACCUGGCAGCAGCAGACCUGCUGCUCAGCUCUGCUGUCCUGCCCUUCUCCGCCACCUCAGAGGCUCUAGGCAGGUGGGUGUUUGGCCGGUCCUUCUGCAGCGUGUGGGCUGCCCUGGAUGUCCUCUGCUGCACCGCCUCUAUCCUCAGCCUGUGCGUGAUUUCUAUUGACCGCUACCUGGCUGUCAGCUACCCCUUGCGUUACCCCGCUAUAGCUACCGGACGGCGAGGCCUGACCGCGGUGGCUGCUCUCUGGGGACUCUCAGCAGCUAUAUCUGUUGGCCCUCUGUUCGGCUGGAAAGAGCCCGACCCAGAGGACGAGACAGUGUGCCGAAUUACAGAGGAGCCUGGCUACGCCUUGUUCUCAGCCUUAGGAUCUUUCUAUAUACCACUGGUCAUCAUCCUGGCCAUGUACUGUCGUGUAUAUACUGUGGCGAAGAGAGAGACCAAAACCCUGAGGAAAGGGAGGAAGGGAAAAGGGGUAGAGAUGGAGGGGGUGAUGCUGAGGAUACACAGAGGGAACGCUGCUCAGACGGGGAAGCAGGAGGGUGACGAGGGGACCGCAAUGCAUAAACGCUCCUCCUUUUCCCUGCCAAGGCUGCUGAAGUUCUCAAGAGAAGAAAAAGCAGCCAAGACUCUUGGCAUUGUCGUUGGAUGCUUCAUUAUGUGCUGGCUGCCUUUUUUCCUGGUUUUGCCCAUCGGAUCCAUCUUCCCAUCCUGUAAGCCUCCUGAAACCAUCUUUAAAAUAACCUUCUGGCUGGGUUACCUCAACAGCUGCAUUAACCCCAUUAUCUACCCGUGCUUUAGCCAGGAGUUCAAGAAAGCCUUCCACAGCGUGCUUCGUGGCCAGUGCCUGAGAACUGCUGUGCCGACUACUUCUCAAACCCAAGGACACAUCACCACCCACUCCUCCGAUCCAGGCCCAGUGCAAGAACCUGUCGCCCUUUCUUCAUGGACUUGCUGUAGAGUGCUCUCGACCUCAUCCUCAUCUGUUGAUGGUGUAGACCAAUCUCAGAGUGCACAAGUCCAGAGUAAGAGUCUUCUGAAGGCAUGGUGUUUCUCAGCAAGUCAAACUCCAGUACCAGAGAAGGCCUCCAACAGAUCUGCUAAGGUCUUACACCUUUCCCUCGGCAUUACAGGAGAGGCUGUUUGACAGCCUUCACUUCUACAUCUAUGUAAAACUUUGACAUAUAAUUAUAUUUCACAGAGAUAUUAGAGUGCAGGUCUAGCCAAUAAUGGCUUGAGCUGUUGAUGGUGCCUCGUCGCAUGACACGUCAUUUGGAGAGCUAGUAAGUAAUACUUGUAUUCUCACAACAGCCACUACUGAGCUUCACUUGAACGGGGCAUUAAAUGUCAAAAUUUUCGAGAGCAGCUUUUCAGCUGCCAGCAAGUAGGAGCCUGUGACUGUCCAGCAAGUGAAUUUUGGAACAGAUGCAAAGCUCUUUUGGUUUGAGAAUGCAAGUUAAAAGCCCUUUUGGCAAGUUUCUAGGAUAGAAAGUAUAACCAUCCCUGCAUGCCAAGGAAUAAACGAGAUAACAGAAACUUAUAGAAACGCUAUUGUAAGAGAA